AUGGGUAAUUGUGCACGCGCAGGCCCACGUGCCAGCCGGGAAGCCUCUCCUCUCCCUUCCCGGGGCGAGUGGGCCGCCCGCUUCAGGCCAGCACACCAGCCGGAAACCUUCCCUCGCCCUCAGUUUACACUGAACUGCAGCCCCGAGCGCCAGGUGGCACGCACCAAACUAAAGAGAAACCUCCCAACGAAGGCUUCUGUGGGCAUAGUUCAGCAUGCUGGGUCCAGAGGAAUCCCCCUUGGAAACAAGAGAAAACGGAUUAAUUUUGACAGAAAGCUCUGGAACGGUUUGCUUUCAUUACAGUCCUGCCUAGUUCAGCAGAACACCAAGCCGGGCAGGUUAACGUAUUUUCUGUUUUCCUGUUCAGAGAAGUCAAGUCCGGCCACACGGACGAUGCACUCCAAAGGAAAGGUUGUUCUGUUAUGGAUCUUCGCUUUUGCUGUCUUCUCGGCGACAGUAGUUGUUUAUUUGGACUGCGCUCGCAUGGAUGUGCUCACAGAGACCCUUUGGUCAGCCCCCAUCAUCUGGGAGGGAACCUUUGAGAGAUCAAUGUUAGACGAUUAUUACAAGAAGCAGAACGUCACAGUUGGCUUGACAGUUUUUGCCAUUGGGAAGUACCUAGACAAAUAUUUGAAGGACUUCUUAACCUCAGCGAACACCUACUUCAUGCCUGGCCACAAUGUUAUCUUCUAUGUCGCGGUGGACAACCUCUCAGGAGUGCCGUCGAUCAAGCUGGGUCCCCAUCGGACGCUGAAGGUCUUCCAGGUGGAAAAGGAGAGGCGGUGGCAAGACAUCAGCAUGAUGCGAAUGAAAACCAUUGGAGACCUCAUUGAAAGCCACAUUCGCCAUGAAGUGGACUUCCUCUUCUGCAUGGAUGUCGACCAGGUCUUUGAGAGCGACUACGGGGUAGAGACUCUGGGUGACUCAGUGGCCCAAAUCCACGCUUGGUUUUAUCAGGAAAACAGGGGAUCUUUCACUUACGAGAGGAACCCUGAGUCAGCUGCAUACAUCCCCUAUGAGGAGGGGGACUACUAUUAUCAUGCGGCAGUGUUUGGUGGCACCCCGCAGCACAUUUACAACCUCACCAGGGAAUGCUACGAAGGCAUCAGAUAUGACAAAGAGCAUGACUUGGAAGCCAUUUGGCAUGAUGAAAGCCACUUAAACAAGUACUACCUCCGGAACAGGCCCAGCAAGGCAUUGUCUCCAGAAUACUGCUGGGAUUAUAAAAUUGGCUGGUCCUAUAGCGUUAGGAAUAUAAAGUUAUCCUGGAGGCUCAAAGAAUAUGAAGAAGUCAGAAAUAACUAA